AUGGCAGACUCCAAUUCCCCAGCCCCGACUUCGUCUCCCCUGCAAACGCAUGGACUACACAAUGAUACGGCGAUGCUGGACUCACCAGCUGAUACACCAGACCGACAAACUACUCGAUCAUUCAUAGAGUCGGCGAAUACCUCAAAUGUCACGGGAGGACCAAGGGGUAGGAAGAAUGGCGACAAGGAUGGGAAAGGGAAGGACCCCUUUGGGGCGCCGGGAAGCUGCUGGAAGAGCGCAAAGUAUCGAGAGGAGGUCGCUAGGUGCGAGUCGGUUUUGGUACACCAGGAUUGGAGUAUGAAGGAGUUUCCUGAUCCAUUAGGGAAGAGGUGA